UGGUAUAGUGUUUGUGGUGCAAGAAAAUAACAUAUAAAUUGUGUGAAUUUCAGCAAACAGCACCGCGCACGAGUUCGUUUAUUCUUCAAGAAAAAUUAAUUAAAAAUUGCAUAAAAUGUUUGGUGGACAGCAGCCAAUACUCGUGUUGAGUCAAAAUACAAAGAGAGAAUCGGGCCGCAAAGUGCAGUUGGAAAACAUUCAAGCCGGAAAGGCCAUUGCCGAUGUUAUACGCACGUGUUUGGGGCCACAGGCCAUGCUUAAAAUGUUGAUGGAUCCUAUGGGUGGCAUUGUGAUGACUAAUGACGGUAACGCUAUUUUGCGUGAAAUCACUGUGCAGCACCCGGCUGCCAAAAGUAUGAUUGAAAUCGCUCGCACACAGGACGAAGAGGUGGGUGAUGGAACCACAUCAGUUAUUGUGCUAGCAGGAGAGAUGCUUGCUGCCGCCGAACCUUUCCUGCAGCAGCAAAUCCACCCAACAGUGAUUAUCCGCGCCUAUCGUGAGGCACUGGAGGAUAUUGUGGGGCAUUUGCAGUCCGACCUUAGUGUACAACUGGACGUAAAGGACAAAGCAAAAAUGGCGGAAGUGGUUAAGGCAUGCGUGGGCACCAAAUUUAUUGGGAAAUGGUCGAGUUUGGCUGUGAAAAUUGCACUGGAUGCUGUAAACACAGUCACUCUAAACGAAAAUGGACGCUUGGAAGUCGAUAUUAAGCGAUAUGCCAAAGUGGAAAAGAUACCCGGUGGUGCAAUCGAGGAAUCCUGCGUGCUGAAGGGUAUCAUGAUCAAUAAGGAUGUAACUCAUCCAAAAAUGCGUAGAUACAUUGAAAAUCCUCGCAUUGUGUUGCUCGACUGCUCGCUUGAAUACAAGAAGGGCGAGAGUCAAACGAAUGUAGAGAUCAUCGGCGAGCAGGAUUUUACACGCAUGCUGCAAAUUGAGGAGGAGUUUGUGCAACGUGUAUGCGCUGAUAUUAUUGCCGUCAAGCCCGAUUUAGUAUUUACAGAAAAGGGUGUGUCCGACUUGGCUCAGCACUAUCUGCUCAAGGCUGGAAUUACAGCCAUACGCCGGUUGCGUAAGACGGACAAUUUGCGCAUUGCGCGCGCAUGCGGUGCCACAAUUGUCAAUCGCACAGAAGAGCUGACGGAGAAGGACGUGGGCACCGGUGCCGGUCUGUUUGAGAUAAAGAAGAUUGGAGAUGAGUACUUUACGUUCGUCACCGAGUGCAAGGAUCCUAAGGCUUGCACCAUAUUGCUGCGUGGUGCGUCCAAGGACAUACUUAACGAAACCGAGCGCAAUUUGCAAGAUGCUUUACACGUGGCCCGCAACUUGGUUUUGGAACCGCGCCUGGUAGCUGGUGGUGGUGCUGUGGAAAUGGCUGUAUCGCAGUUGCUAACGCGUAAACAGGUCAAAGGUCCAUAUACGGCCGUCGCGCAUGCCCUGGAGAUUAUUCCUCGGACACUUGCGCAGAACUGUGGCGCAAACACCAUUCGCGCGUUGACUGCAUUGCGCGCCAAGCACGCAUCUUAUAUCGGCGAUGGUGUGUGCGCCUGGGGUAUCGAUGGCGAGUCUGGCGAAAUUGUUGACAUGAAUGCCAAAGGAAUUUGGGAGCCUCUAGCCGUCAAACUGCAAACAUAUAAAACAGCUGUUGAAACAGCCAUCCUGCUCCUGCGCAUCGAUGACAUUGUGUCCGGCUCAAAGAAGCGUGGUGGCAACGAGCCAACCAAUCCGGCGGCCAUGGCACAAGGCCAGGAAUAAACAAACACCAUAAACGUUGUGUAUUAAUAUACUUAAUUUCUAACACUUAAUAUAAUUCAUACACACCCACACACAUGCACCCACAACUAAUGUCGAACAUUUUGGGUGGGCGUUUGCAGUGCUGACAUUUGCCCAUAUAAUCACAUACCUAUAAUUUGAUGCAUUUUCUCUAACAUUAACAGUACACAAAUAAACAAAAACAAAACAAAAA